GGGUGAGGCUGACAGCAACCAAGUCCAGCCUCGGGCGCCAUAGGAAACUACGCCUCGCCCGACCCAGGGCUCGGACUCGGGCUCGACCCCGGAAGACGACGAACUCCGCCUCGCCCGACCCAGGGCUCGGACUCGGGCUCGGCCCCGGAAGACGACGAACUCCGCCUCGCCCGACCCAGGGCUCGGACUCGGGCUCGGCCCCGGAAGACGACGAACUCCGCCUCGCUCGACCCAGGGCUCGGACUCGGGCUUGGCCCCGGAAGACGACGAACUCCGCCUCGCCCGACCCAGGGCUCGGACUCAGGCUCGGCCCCGGAAGACGACGAACUCCGCCUCGCCCGACUCAGGGCUCGGACACGACCUCGGCCCCGGAAGACGACGAACUCCGCCUCGCCUGACCCAGGGCUCGGACACGACCUCGACCUCGGAAGACCGACUCGACCUCGACCUCGAAAGACCGACUCGACCCCGACCUCGGAGGAGCCUCCGCCUCGCCCGACCCAGGGCUCGGACCGACCACGUCACAGGGGGGGCCAUCAUUACCCUAUCCCUAGCUAGCUCAGGCUACGGGUAACGGGACCGGCGUCCCAUCUGGCUCGCCCCGAAAAACAGAUAAUGAUGGCGCCCCGCGUGCUCCAUGACGACGGCGACUCUCAAACCCUUACGGAAGCAAGAAGACGUCAGCAAGGACUCGACAGCCCCGACAGUUGUCCUUCCGCAAGGCUCCAACGCUCCUCCGACGGCCACGACAUCAUAUGAAUAGGGUGCCAAAACCUCUCUGGCUGCCAUGAAGGCAUGUACUUAGGGCGCUAGCUCCUCUCUGCUAGACACGAUAGUGCAUUGCUACACCCCCCCAUUGUACACCUGGACCCUCUCCUUACGCCUAUAAAAGGAAGGUCCAGGGCUCUCUUACGGGAAGGUUGGCCGUGCGGGAGGACGGGGCGACGCGUAGAGUCCCUCGCUCUCCCCCCACGCGGGCGCUUGUAACCCCGUAUUACGAGCGCAUCCGACCUGGGCGCAGGACAAACACGGAGGCCGCGGGCUUUCCCCUCUCUUCUACCCCCCUUCGUGCUCCGUCUCGCACCGACCCAUCUGGGCUGGGACACGCGGCGACAAUUCACUCGUCGGUCCAGGGACCCCCCGGGGUUGAAACGCCGACACAUACUAUGUUGAGGCGGGAAAGCGAGAGCUGAUUCAAUGUGCUUUGUGCCCCAAACAAAUAAAAGGAGGUAUCAAGAGGGUGAAACAACAUCUAGCUAGUGGCUAUGGAGACAUUGUCAAGUGUCCUAACACUACUAGAGAGAUUGCUAAAGAGAUGAAUGAAGCUUUGAAUAAUGGGAAGCGGGCUAGGCCGUUGUACCUAGAUGACGAUGUAAUGGAAGAUGAAGCAGGACAAGAAGAUGAUGUCCAAUUUAUGGGAAGCAGGUCAAUGUCAGCAUCAUCCAAGGCUUCCUCGUGUACUGUGCCAAGUUCUGGAACAGCUGCCAAAAGAAACAAAGCAAUUUUCCAAUUGAAGCCCCACCCAAUUGCAGCUCCAAAGAAGUCCAUUGCAUCUAUGAUUCGACGUACACCUCAAGAGGUUGUAGCAGAGAGACAUGCAAAGGGACCUGCUCAAACUACCAUAAGUGCUACCAUAAAGCCUAAGGAAGAAAGAAAAUUUGUUUGUUUGGAGAUAGCUAAGUUUUUCUAUGAGUGUGGUAUACCAUUCAAUGCUGCGAACUCAAGGCAAUUUGAGAUAGCUGUGGAGGCUAUUGCUCAAUAUGGAUCUGGGUUCAAGCCUCCUACUUUCCAUUAGUUACGUGAGCCUUUACUUGCUAGGGUUGUCAAAGACAUAGAUGAUGAGAGGAAGAAGCAUGAGGAAGCAUGGAGCCAAUAUGGUUGCACACUCAUGUCUGAUGGUUGGACAAACAAAAGAGGUCACCAUUUGAUCAAUUUCCUUGUUAGCAGCCCUCAAGGAACAUUCUUCUUGGAGUCAGUUGAUGCAUCAAAUGAGUCACACAGUGCAGUGAUGCUUGCAGACUUAUUAGAAAAGAGAAUUGAGGGGAUUGGUAAGGAAAACGUUACUCAGAUUGUCACUGAUAAUGGUGCUAAUUAUUAUAAGGCAGCAGGUAAGAUUUUGAUGGAGAGGAUUCCUACCUUGUUCUGGACUCCUUGUGCGGCACAUUGCUUGAACCUUAUGUUGGAGGACAUAGGAAAGCUGAAGGAUUUUAAGAAGCCUAUUGCUCGUGCUCGUCAUGUCACCACUUUUAUUUAUAGACAUGGGAGGAUACUUAGUGAAAUGAGGGUGCAUACAAAUGGGAUGAUCUUGUGAGACCUGCUGCUACUAGAUUUGCUACUGCCUUCCUUACCAUGAAGAGUUUGCACAAGCACAAGAACUCAUUGAAAGGUCUAUUUUCAAGCGAUGUUUUCACUCAAUCCAAGGUAUCCAAAACAGAGGCAGGUAAAAAAGCAUAUGACAUCGUUUCUCUCAAGAAUUUUGGAAUUCAAUUGAGGAUUGUCUUAGAGCUUUUUUACCGCUUCUUGUCGUGCUGAGAUUGGUUGAUGGUGAUGAGAAGCCAGCCAUGGCUAAGGUUGCUGCAACCAUGACUAUAGCAAAGAAUAAGUUACCUCCUCAUUUUCUACUCAAAACAAGAAAGCAUGUCUGAAACUUAUCAUGAGCAUUGUGGAUCGACGUUGGGCGAACCAAAUGGAUACCCCAUUAUAUGGAGCAACACUAUAUUUGAACCCUGGAAAAUUCUACAAUAUCAAAGCAGGUGUUGAUGAAGGCUAUGUUGGAGAGCUAAGGGGUUGCUUUAAUGAUGUGCUUGUCAAAAUGGUGGUAGAUGAGGAUCUUAGAGAGAAGAUUGAUGCCCAAGCUGUUCUUUAUGAGAACCAAAGAGAAGCAUUUGCAAAUCCAAUGGCUAUAAAAAAUGCACAAACAAGGAAUCCACUUGAUUGGUGGCUUGCAUAUGGUGGUCGUACUAUUGAAUUAUAUAAGUUUGCAAGACGGAUUGUUAGUCUUUGUGCUUCAUCAUCCGGUUGUGAGCGGAAUUGGAGUACAUUUAAAUUUAUGCAUACCAAAAAGAGGAAUAGGUUGGAGCACAAAAGGUUGAAUGACUUGGUAUAUGUUUCAUACAACAGAAAGAUGGCUGAUAGGUUUCAAAAAAUACGUGAGGAAGGAAAAAACUUUGAUCCUUUGAUUUUAGAAGACUUUGAUUGGGACAAUGAAUGGGUUGAUCCAUUAGCUAAUUCUUCUUAUGUUAGCAAUGCUCUUGGAGAUGAUUCUAAUUUAUCGUGGGACCAAGUUGAUGGAGCUAUUGGUGCAUCUGCACAUCUCAGAGGUCGUAAUUUUCUUAGGAGAGCUGCUGGUGGGUGUGUGAGAAGGAAUGAAGACCUUGAGGAAGAGGAGACUAAUUUAGCAAAUGAAGAUGACGAGGAUCAGGAAUAUAUUCUUGAUGAUCUUGAUGUGGAAGAUGAAAUUGAAGGAAGCAAUAGUGGAAACGAUGGUGAUGAUCAAGGCGUGGAUGCUCAUGGUCUUAAUAUUGAUGAGUUCGAUGAUGGUUACUAAUCAUGCAUGAAAGUUGUAACUUGUGUUGUGUGGUUGAACUUGUAUUGUUGAACUUGAUCUGUUUCUUUUUAUGCUAAUGCUAUUUGGUUUGUGAACUGUAUGAACUUAUUCUAUAUUUGAAAUUCUAUGUCAAGUCUCAAAAGAUGUUUCA